AUCGGAGUCAGCGAUCCAGUCGCAGUCUCCAGGCAAGAGAACCAGGCUCCACGGAGAUGUGAAUGCCACGUCAUUCAGCGUGGAUGACGCGACUCCUUCAUUCAGCCAUCUGGCCCAUCGUCUCCAACGCCGAAGUGUAGGAGAUCCAAUGCGCCGAUCCUCAUGUUCCUCCGCAUCGGCGGAGAAUGUGACGACGCUCCAAGUUGAGAGCGUUUCGGCACCGAUGGACGUGGACGAUGCCGGUGCCAGUGCCAGUGCCAGUGGUACGGGAACGAUCAGCGAGCCAGCGCAGACCUUCGUGACCACCCUGGGGAUGGAUUCAAUUGCGCCUGAGAAACGGGUACGACCUCUAAGCUGGAAGGCGAAGCAAAUCAACACCCAGAAAGCCCAGAAGCCUGAGAGAAUUGGAAAGCCCAAUUCGCGGCGGCCGCAGAAGAGAAAGUCCAAGUCACUAGCGACCCAGGACGAGGCUCAGAUGUGUCAGUGGCCUGCAAGACCCGAACAGGAAGGAUCGUUUCAAUGGCAGUUUGUACAGUGUGAUAACUGCGACUUGUGGUAUCACUUUGGGUGUGUUGGUAUUGGUGAGGGAGAUCCUCGUUUGGAGCCAGAAUCUGUCUUCAUCUGUCCGCCAUGCUGGUACGUGUCUAUUGUUGAUUCAUACCUCCUCCGUUCAAUGAAUGGACUUGAACUCUUUAGCGUCUUAAGUGCAAAACGUCAGACCAUGCGCAAGCGCGAUGGAACAUGUGCCCGUCCAGAUUGUUCACAUACCCAGCUUGAACCAGAAGAGUUUAUCAUCGAGCGCCUAGUCGGGCGGAAAACUAUCGGGGCAGCUGGAUACCUGUUUUUGGUGAAAUGGGAGGGGUAUGCGAUCGCGCAAGCUAGCUGGAUCCCUGAGGGGAGUAUAGUCGGCGCCUCUAAAAUAUUUGAUCGGUUUGUGACAGAUGCGACUGCUGAGGGUAUCGGUCUCAACGCGAAAGGCGUCAUUCUGCUGGAAGAGGCGAGAGAUGGCGGAUGGAGUGUCUAGGCUCUAGAUUGCGGUGUUCUAUCUUUCUCUUUAUAAGGCUACUAUUGUGCGUUCGGUUGAUCGGGCUUCCUACUUAAUUCUUAGAUACUGUAAUACCUAAUAGUUCACCCCAACUGUGUAUUACCAUUUCAUUAUCGGGAGCUUCACCGUUUCACUGCAUACAGUUACGUCGUGAAUCUCUACACCAAGUAAAAAUAUAUGGCAUAGGACGUCUAUCUAGAGAGAUGAAAAGAGAUUCCUCAUAAUUAUACUGGUGU